UGCGUCAGUCCCUUGUGACUCUACAGUCAUGUCCUGUUCUGCUAGGAAGAAACACAUAAUACUCUACAACAGCUGAUGUGCAUCUGGAUCAUAAGAAACACUGGCUGAUUUUUGUGGAAGAUUCAGACGCGCAGCGAAUAUCAAAACAGCCCUGACGGUAAACGCGAAGAGGUGAAGCUUUCUUCAACACAUCAUGGCCUCUCGUAAGAAGGUGCUGCUCAAAGUGAUCAUCCUAGGGGAUUCUGGAGUUGGAAAGACCUCUUUGAUGAACCAGUAUGUCAAUAAUAAGUUCAGUAACCAGUAUAAGGCCACAAUUGGAGCCGACUUUCUGACUAAGGAGGUGAUGGUGGACGACAGACUGGUCACCAUGCAGAUAUGGGAUACGGCGGGUCAGGAGCGCUUUCAGUCUCUGGGCGUGGCUUUCUACAGAGGGGCAGACUGUUGCGUGCUGGUGUACGAUGUUACGGCGCCAACUACAUUCAAGACUCUGGACAGCUGGAGGGACGAGUUUCUUAUUCAGGCCAGUCCACGCGACCCGGAGAACUUCCCCUUUGUUGUGCUGGGCAACAAAAUCGACUUGGAGAACCGGCAGGUAACGACAAAGCGAGCUCAAGCGUGGUGCCAGAGUAAGAACAACAUCCCCUACUUCGAGACCAGUGCCAAAGAAGCCAUUAACGUGGACCAGGCCUUCCAAACCAUCGCUCGCAAUGCACUUAAACAGGAGACGGUGGAUACGUAUGAUUUCCCCGACCAGAUUAAACUAAGAGACGACAGACCUGUGUCCAGCAGUGAUGGCUGCAACUGCUGAAGGAAAGACGAAACUGGGGACGGGAAGAGAAAGAGCCAACAUGGGAAAGGGAGAGGGGGAGUGAGAAAGAUGGAAAAGAUCCAGGCCUGUUAUUCUAGCGCCCAUCCUCCCCUUUUCCUCCUUUGAAACCUCCAGGGUAUCAAAUGCCACAUGUGAAAGCUGAACAUCCAUUUUCUUGCUGAACUCCAAGUAAACGUGUGGUAUGAUGAACUAUUGAAGAACAGGAAGAUUUGUUGCAUAUCCUCCGACACUGCAUUUAUUACGAGUCCUGCUAUCACUACAGCUGUCCAACAAUUUCCAUGUGGCUACUCCUGCUGUCUGUGCAAUCUGAUUUUAUUUUCUCAGAAAUGAUUCUUUGGUCAGCUAGUUCAUUGUGCCUUUUUAAUUCUUACCAUUGGUUAUUGUUAUCAAUGCCUGUUUCGCUCCUAUGCUGAAUGAAUAUGCAUUAAAAAACAUUUAUUACAUAUGUAACGGGGCUGGGAAAUCUAAUUAUGUUAUUAACAUGUUAUGAGUUAAAGCUUUUCAAAUCAGUUAAUGUAAUUCAUCACUCAAAUAUGCUCACGGAUGUCCAGGUUUCACAUAAUUUCAAAAGUUUUAAAAGGAAAAAGUAGGUAAUUAUUUAAUUCGUUUUUUUUUUUAAUUAGCAUGCACACAAAAUCAUUAAAUAUGAUAUUUACCUCUGUCUAUGUAGGGAAAAAGGUGUGGGAAAUUUUUACUGUAUUUGACUUUUUACUUCAGAUAUUUAAAAUGAUACCUCCUCUAAAUAAAAACUAAUAAGCAGGGCAAAUGACUGUUGUCAAAAGACGAAAAUAUCAAACUGAUUUCUUCACUCAUCUCCCA